AUGUUUACUCACCUCGUGUUGCUUGAUUACUAUAGCCCAAACGGCGACCUAAAGCUUUUGGAAGAUAAUCUCGUGGAAAGGUCCACAGAAAAAAUUCGGGGAAUAAACCCUAUCUUUCGACGACGCAGGUUACUUGUGGAGCCGAAACCCUGGAAGACAUUUGAUAGGCCUGCUUCCGAGGAAAACUAUACGAAGACUCGUAAUUUGGAUAUGUACCAGGGGCUUCACAGUCCAAAGACAACAAGCACUCCAAAGUCCCAAGCAGCAGACGUUUCACGCACCGCCCCGUGUUGCGAAAAAGCCCUUCAAAAUAAUGCAGACAAUUACCAGGCGGAUUCCUUUACAGACUGGGAGCAGCUCACGGUGGAGACAACCAAACUCUUGACAACCCUGAUUGGAAAAAUCCAGGCCAACUCUGCCCUAGCAGAGGUUUAUCGUACGUAUUAA